AUGGGAACCCGAGGUAGGGGCGAUAGGCUCUCGCCAAUACAGGAUGAAGAAAUUGAGAUACCUUCCAUAGCACCACGUCAAAGACGAGGAAAUGCUACCUCCAGGUUUUCGAGUUAUGUUGAUGUUUUUGGUCAACCCGCUGAGGAACGACGACCUGGCGCACCACGAAUAAACUCCAGAUCCCAAUUUCCUCGCUGCGUUGAAGAAGAAGAUGAACCCUCCGCUUCACGUAUAGACUCCAGGGUCAGAAUACAGGGUCCCCUCCACAAUAUUGCUCAACCAGCCAGAAGCCGCCAACCAACCCCCUUUCCACGAAUCCCAACACGGGGGAACUUGAACCUUCGUUUCCCCGUGCAAACCAAGAUCACAACGACCACUCGAACCUUCUCCAGAACACAUAUGCCUCAUCCCCAAACCCGACCAUCAGGGACUCCAUACUCGCCGUCUUUCGAGCAAGAAUCUAAUCCCUUUCGAACGCGGCCGUCCUCGCCUAUUAGCCGAGCUCCACGGAAUAUUCCAAAUAUUGCGAGGCCAGGGGGGAUUCACGGCCCAAUCUCAGAGUCGGAUGAUCAAUACUCGCCUUCAAUAGACCAGGACGAGGACGAAGUACCUAACACCCCUCAAGUCCACCAUCGACCAUUGUCACCUUCCAGCCGACCUGGACCGAGGACUCCAAUUCUAUCAAGACCACUAGACUCCCGUCCACAAACCCCAGAAUCAGAUCCUGAAUCACCUCCAUCUCCUAGCCAGGACCAAGUACCCAACCCCGUUCCAUCGUUGCCAUCCUCCAGCCGGCCCCAAUUUCCCCAAAAGGUGCAAACUGCUUCAAGACUAGGUGAUACUCACCAUCCAAUCCCACACCCAGGUCCUCAACACCCGUCAACUAACUUACCCCUCGCCCAUUCCUCGUCCCCACCACUUACCAGAGAUCCCGCUUCACAACGCUCGUUAUUAA